GCGAGCUCCAGGGGCGGUGGCAGAGCAUGUGUACACUGCUGUUGCUCGCCUGGGACCCUCCGCCGCUUCAGGAGCUGAAACUAGGAGCUGCGCGAACGCCGCAGCGGAGGAGGAGGGCAAGGGCGGCCGGCGGCAGGUCCGACGUCCCUCUCGAAAGCUGAAGGGCCCUGGCUUCGUGGUGGUAAUGGCAUCGCUGGCAGACCGAGUGCGGGGCAACGGGCGCAUCGCCGCCGGACUCUUGCUCAACCUGCUAGUGUCCAUCUGCAUCGUGUUCCUCAACAAAUGGAUUUAUGUGCACCAUGGCUUCCCCAACAUGAGCCUGACCCUGGUGCACUUUAUGGUCACCUGGCUGGGCUUGUACGUCUGCCAGAAGCUGAACAUCUUUGCCCCCAAAAGUCUGCCGCUUUCCAAGCUCCUCCUCCUGGCUCUCAGUUUCUGUGGCUUCGUGGUCUUCACAAACCUUUCUUUGCAGAACAACACCAUAGGCACCUAUCAGCUGGCCAAGGCCAUGACCACGCCGGUGAUCAUAGUUAUCCAGACCGUCUGCUACAAGAAAACCAUUUCUAUCAAAAUACAGCUCACGCUGAUUCCUAUAACUUUAGGUGUAAUCCUAAAUUCUUAUUACGAUGUGAAGUUUAAUUUCCUUGGAAUGGUGUUUGCUGCUCUUGGUGUUUUAGUUACAUCCCUUUAUCAAGUGUGGGUAGGAGCUAAACAGCAUGAAUUGCAAGUUAACUCAAUGCAGCUGCUGUACUACCAGGCUCCAAUGUCAUCUGCCAUGUUGCUGGUCACCGUGCCUUUCUUUGAGCCCCUGUUUGGAGAAGGAGGACUGUUUGGCCCCUGGUCAGUUUCUGCUUUGCUCACGGUGCUGCUAUCUGGAGUAAUAGCUUUCAUGGUGAACUUAUCGAUUUAUUGGAUCAUUGGGAACACUUCGCCAGUCACCUAUAACAUGUUUGGACACUUCAAGUUCUGCAUAACUCUGUUUGGUGGCUACGUUUUAUUUAAGGAUCCGCUGUCAGUUAAUCAGGGUCUCGGCAUGUUAUGUACAUUAUUUGGCAUUCUUGCUUAUACCCAUUUUAAACUCAGUGAACAGGAAGGAAGUAAGAGUAAACUGGUACAACGUCCUUAAUUGGAUUUUUUGUGGAGAACAGAAAGUCACCCCAAGAUUACAAAACGUGAGAUGUGCGAGUUGCUUUCAAAGAAGAAGAAAAAUUACAUUGCAGAAUUCAUUGAAUGAUGGUUUACAAAAAGUAACACAAAAGAAAUUUUAUUUAUAAAUAAUGACUUUAAUGUAGUGUUCCUUUUUUUCAAAAACUUAAUUCAAUCUCCUUUUCAAAGAUGACAGUUGUAUGGAAUAUAUAGGAUGGUUUGGUUAUAUCAAAUCAAGGACAUGAAUUAAAGUUCUGUAACAGUGACAAAGGACUUCAUAUCGCUGGACUACAAAUGUUAAGUGUUCAAACUGUUCCAAAGAAGGAUGCAUAAGACCCCUCUACCUACUCAGGUGGUCCCCAGUGUGAACGCUAUAAUUUCAGCCAGCAUUCAAGUCAGAAUUUAAGUCUAGCUUUUCUAUUUUUGUUGAUUUAGGAUAACUUCUGCUUAUUUCAUUUAUAGAAAGUGAAAUACAAUUUAUAGAAAACAAAGUGUAGUACAGAACAUCAUAAAAUAAAACCCAAUACCAAGAAUAACAUUAUUCUAGUGGAUAAUUGAUGUCAGAAGUUAUGCAGCCCUGACUGAUGUGGUUCAGUGGGUUGGGCGACGUCCCUCAAACUGAAAGGCUGCAGGUUUGAUUCCCUGUCAGGACAUAUGCCUGGGUUGCAGCCAGGUCCCCGGCUGGGUGCAUGCAUGAGGUCGUCGAAAGAUGUUUCUCUCCCACAUUGAUGUUUCUUUUUUUUCUUUCUCCCUCCAUUCUCCUCUCUAAAAAAAAAUAAUAAAUAAAAUAUUUUUAAAAAGAAGUUAGCCCUGGCUGGUAUGGCUCAGUAGACUGAGUGCUAGCUUGCAAAUCAAAAGUUCACUGGUUUGAUUCCCAGUCAGGGCACAGGCCUGGGUUGUGGGCCAGGCCCCCAGCUGGGGGUGUGCGAGAGGCAACUGAUCAGUGUGUGACAGUGAUGUUUCUCUCCCUCUGUUUCUCCCUCUCAUCCCCUUUCUCUGAAAAUAAAUGAAGAUAAAAUCUUUUAAAAGUUUUCUUUAAAAAUUAAAAGAAGUUAUAUGUUAUUCCCGCCCCCCCAAAAAAACAAGUUUUUUGAGGUGGCACUCAGUGAAUUCUAGAAACUACAUUUCGUUAAAAAACAAAUUAACUCCACAUUCAAAUGACCCAAAGGAAAGACUAUAGAUGUAGUAAGUGUUCUUAUUAUCUUGGUAUCUUGUUAUCAAGUGUUCUCCUGGCCUCUUUGAGCCCAGGCUGCUAAUUUCUUAAUUCCACCUCUCUGCCCUUCCUGCCGCCAGCGCCAGCCCCGUUGGAGGCAGCUGUGGAGCUUUCUCUGGCCUUGAGCAUUUGGAGUGAGCUGUGUCCAGCCUCCCUAAGAUGGCUGAAGGAAAUUCUUACACAAGUCAGGGCAAACGCUGUCCAAACACUAAGCAGGACCUUAGUGAAAAUGUUAGGAAAGAUCUGAAAGAGAAGUAGAAAAACGGUCAAUAAUUAACUAGUUCUAUGAAUGUUUAAAGGAGUAAUUUUUUAAAAAUCAGGGUAAGAGGAAAUACAUAGUGCCACAUAUUUAAUUGCAAAUUUAUUUCUGCCUUCCAACUUCUUGACAUUAGAGCAUCAAAAGCAGUUGUUGAUAACUGCUCACAAUAAAUUAACUGAGAUAGAUAAACCCUCUUGUCAUAAAUAAUUUUUUCUAAAUAUUAUUUUUAAACUUUAAAUAAGAAAACAACUCUUAAGAGGAUGAAGAGCCAUGUGGAUUUUUUAGGGAUUUUUCUCCUGACCUGUUUGAAAUGAAAGCCUCAAAGAAAAUCUCUUUUGACAGAAUUUUGAUGUAUCAGUCAAUCUGUUGUGCAAUUAGUAUGUGAUUUUCUAUUUGUGUUUUAAAUAUUCUUUGGUUCUGAAAAUAUAUUUUGUUGUGCUAAGAAGUAAAAAACAAUUUGUCUUACAGAUGGGCCUCAGACAUUGUUUGUCUACUAACAUUCUCUGUGUAUGUCUAAAUUAACAUGUAAUUAUGUCCCCAAAGCUGGGAAAAGUAUUUUCAGCACCGUGAGAAUUAUGUAACUUCUGCGCACUAACAGCUGAGUUAAUUUGUGCCACGUACAAAUGCCCAUUAACUGUAAAUACAACUUGGGCCAGGGGGGUCGAUUAUGAUCAGUGUUGGGAAAGGGUUAUAAUAAAUGACUGAUAUCAGUAGGAAUGCAGUGAAAAAGUCGGAGCAAAAUAGGGUGGGAUACAUAUAUAUAUAAGUGAAUAAAAUAUGUAUUACUAGAACUAGAGGCUGAUAAACAUUUGACCCUGAAGACAACGUCUCACUGAAAAGGAAGUUCAUGGAAGAAAACGUGCCAGAUUACCAGGACCAGCCAUAGAGACAAACUGGAAACACGGUGCCAUGGAGGAGCACAUGCCGACCUGUGUUACGGGUGUUAACUGCACUUGUUUUUUAUCCUACGUUAAAUGACUACACUUCAGUUUUUACCUGUUACAAAUAAAGAGAACCUGAUGUUUUUACUCUUGUACUGUGUAUUAGAACCAGUGGAAGAACAAUAGCAUCUUUGUGUAUGUGCAGUGGGAACGCUGGCCUGUCUGGCUCCCAAAUAUGCAGAAUCUAAUGAAACAAAGUCCUCUUGCCCCCUUUAAAAUAACAGAGAGAAGCAAUCUCUUUCUGAAAUGAAC